AGGUCGUGUUCAUGAUAUUGCUUAGCUGGAAAGCGUUCCUCAUUCAGCUGCUCAUAGAGGGCGUUGAUAGGGAUGUGCUCGUAAGAGAAUCUAAUUGGUCGACUCAGUCUCUCAGACUACGGAUUUUGACCGGUCACGGUUCUUCACUUGCGAGGUGCCUCCUUCAUCCAAUAGGUGGCGUUAGCGAGUUAGGAACAUACGAAAGGCGCGACCUUCAACAUCUCGAGUGUUUCAAUCGUAUAUAUUAGGGUUCCUUCGCUAACAGCAGGGCAGUGUGUUCUCUGACGGAAGAGGAGGUAGGGACACUGAAGUUGCGCAAGUGGAUGGAAUCGCAACGUCACGCAUCUUCUGGUUUGCCUGCCGAGAUUACUUCAACGUGAAGCAAAGAUGCGGCUGACGCCGUCUCUAUGCUCGAUGGCGCUGGGGCUGGCGCUGGCGUUGGCGGACAGCGCGGGAGCUGCGCGCAUCCUGGCGCUCUUCACAAUCCCCGGGCGCAGCCACUUCAUCGUGACGUCAUCGCUGGCGCGCGCGCUGGCCGAGCGCGGCCACGAGGUGGUGGUCGUGUCUCCCUUCACCACCAGCAACCCUCCCGCCAACUACACCGACCUCACCAUUUCUGACCCCAUGGACACUGCCGCGAAAACUGACUUCUACAGUUUGGGCAACCUGUCGCCCGUGGCCAUGCUGCUCUACAUGUGGAGCAUGGGGGUCGGCAUGUGCCGAGGGAACCUGGCCGACCCGAAGUUGAAGACGCUAAUCCAUUCCAAGGAGAAGUUCGACCUGUUGAGUGCGUUCGGCGGCGCGGUGUGGAUGGGCGACUGGGUAGGCAAUCCCAGCCCACCGGCGUACGUGCCCGACCCCUUCCUGGACUUCAGCGACCGCAUGUCGUUCAAGCAGCGCCUCAUAAACACGGCGCUGGGGGUUCUGGAGCGCGCUGGCCGCGCCUACUACUAUCUGCCGGGCAUGGACGCUGCGAUGCGCGAGGGCUUCGAGGACCCCGACAUGCCCUACAUCGCAGACAUCGAGCGCAAGACCAGCGUAGUGCUAGUCAACUCGCACUUCAGCGUUUCCUAUCCGCGCCCCGCUGUGCCGGCCUACGUGCAGGUGGGCGGGCUGCACAUCAAGAAGCCCAAGCCCCUACCGCAGGAGCUGCGCGCGUGGCUGGACGCGGCGCCGGCCGAGGGCUUCAUCUACUUCAGCAUGGGCUCCAACCUGCGCAGCGCAGACAUGCCGGCGGCCAAGCGCGAGGCCUUCCUGCGCGCCUUCGCCGCGCUGCCGCAGCGCGUGCUCUGGAAGUGGGAGGAGGACACGCUGCCGGGCCAGCCGCCCAACGUGCGCCUCGCCAAGUGGCUGCCGCAGCAGGACAUUCUUGCGCAUCCGAAGCUAAGGCUGUUCAUCACGCACGGUGGCCUCAUGAGCACGCAGGAGGCCGUUUACCACGGCGUGCCCGUCGUCGGCAUCCCCAUCUUCGGUGACCAGCAGCUCAACAUGAACAGGGCAGCUGCCGCCGGCAUAGGUGUCGCCUUGAACUUCCAGGUUGGCGCAGCGGCGUUCGCCCUCGCUCGUCUGCGCGAACCAUUUGCCUGGCGAGGCCGCCGCUCAGUCGAGCGCAUUGCACUGCCGCAGGACGUGACGGCGGAGGCGCUGGGCGCGACGCUGCGGCGCGUGCUGGGCGACGCGACGUACCGCCAGGCUGCCAAGCGCCUGUCCGCCGUCUUCCACGACCGCCCGCGCCCACCCAUGGAGGAGGCGGUCUACUGGACGGAGUACGUGAUCCGGCACGGCGGCGCGCACCACCUGCGCUCGGCGGCUCUCGAAGUCGGCUGGUGGCAGUACCUGUUGCUGGAUGUGGUGGCGGCGCUGGCGGCGGCGACGGCGCUGGUGGCGGCGCUGGCGUGGCUCGCGGCGCGCGCGCUGCUCCGCCGGCUGUGCGGCGGCGGAGGCGGCCGCGUCAAACCCUCUGACAAGCGGGAUUAGAGGCGUGCGCCGCCAGAGUUGCCAGGUGGAGGAUUUUAUCACUAACUUUGAUGGGUUUUGACCUUUAGUAAAAUUUUGGUUGGGGAUUUUAUUUACACUAUACUUUUGAAACUUUUUUUUUUCAAAAACAAAUAGAAGAACUUAACUGAAUUAACUAGAUUCAUUCAAAUCAAAAUCUUUAUGUCAAUAGCGAACAAACAUAUUAACUGAAUGACAUUGAUGAAAAAAUGUUAGAUAUGUCGGAAAUAUAAAUGUUUAAGUACAUUAUUACACAUAUAUAAGUGUGCACAUUAUUAUGUAAAUAGUUUUAAUUCAAUUUUAUAGCACAAAAAUAUAGGUAUUUGCUGUAAAAUAUAAAUAUAAUCGUAUACAAUGAAUAAUAUUUUUCGUAUUUCUUUAAUUUCCAAACACCUCAUAUAUUUUCAAAAUGAAAUAAUCAUUAUUUGAAUUUUUCGAUUUCAAUUUUCGAUUGGUGGCUUUGCAGCGCUAUUUAGUGCGGAAUGCUUAAGACCACCUGGCAACACUGUGCGCAGCGGACAACUACAGUUCAGGCCCUCCAUUUCAAUUGUACUUUUUUCAUGUAGACGGAACUAGUAAAUAAAUACAACAAACUACAAAGAGAAUGCAAUUAUCACUUUAAUAGCAUGUAUGUUAGUGCUUGGCGCCACAGCCCGUGAACGG